UUACAAGGUUCUACUCAGUGUACAACACUGCUUCGUCGGGUUGAUGUAGAUCACUUUGGGUUGGGCUUCUUAUACAUUACGUUUUGUAUAUGAUUCACGCUGUACCUCUUUUUUUCUCGCGAGAGUAUGCGCUCCCGUUGAGCGUGUGAUUUCGCGGGAAUUGGUAUCUUUCGAAGACAAGGAAAACAACCAGUGAUAUCUGUCUUAAAUACAAAUUAUUAGUUGAUGCUAAUCAGUGAACAGCUGACGCUUGACCUUCCACGAGCUAAGGACAGUCAUGUUUUCCGACGUAAUGGCCAAGAACGAGGCUUCCUCUCUGCUCUGCCGCCCGGCCUCCGAGGUCCAGGCGCCGGUGUUCGAGCGGACGUCGCUGGCCUACAGUCCGUGUUCCGAGCGCUUUACGGUCGGCGAGCGGACUUUCAGUCGCCAAUACGCUCACAUUUACGCAGCACGGCUCAUGCAGAUGAGGCCCUUGCUCUCUGAGAGAGCUCAGCAGAAGUGGGGAUCAGAUGUGCUCAUCAGGAAACUGUGUGAUCUCCAGACGGGGGAGCAGUGUUGCAUUGUGGGAACGUUGUUCAAGCGUAUGGAAUUGCAGCCAUCUAUUCUGAAAGAGAUCAGCGACGAGCACAACUUGCUGCCUCAGCCUGCAAGAGCCAAAUACAUUAGUGAAACAGAUGAGCUGAUUCUAGAGGAUGAGCUGCAAAGGAUCAAACUGGAGGGGAAAAUUGACAGAGACAAGUGUGUCACAGGUAGUGUCAUUGCAAUAUAUGGUGCCGAGAAGAAUGAUGGGAAGUUUACAGUUGAGGAAUUUUGCAUGGCAGACCUGCCACCGCAGACACCAAGAUCAACACUCACAUCUGACAGGUUUGUGCUGCUGGUCUCAGGACUUGGCCUGGGCAGUAGUCAAGCGGACAGCAUGCUGGGGCUGCAGUUGCUGGUUGACAUGGUAACUGGUCAGCUUGGGGACCAGGGGGAGCAGAGUGGGGCAGCGAAAAUUUCCAGGGUCCUACUAGCUGGAAACCUCCUGAGCCAAAGCACCCAGGACAAGGAUGCAGCAACCAAGCCCAAGUACCUCACCAAGAAGACUCAGGCGGGCAGCGUGGAGGCCAUUCGUCUUUUGGAUGAGCUGUUGUGUCAACUGGCGGCCUCAGUUCCAGUGGAUGUGAUGCCAGGCCACCACGACCCCACCAACUACACCCUCCCUCAGCAGCCGUUCCACCGCUGUAUGUUCCCCUUGUCCUCCGUGUAUCCCACACUACAGUUGGCCUCAAAUCCACACCAAGCUAACAUUGAUGGAGUGAGGUUCCUGGGUACAUCAGGCCAGAAUGUUUGCGACAUUCAGAGGUACAGCAGCAUGGACAGUCACCUGGAGAUACUGGAGGACACGCUACGUCUUCGACAUCUGGCCCCUACGGCACCUGAUACUCUGGGUUGUUACCCAUUUUACCAAAAAGACCCUUUUAUUUUGGAGGAGUGUCCCCAUGUUUACUUCAGUGGCAACGCCCCAACCUUUGAUUCCAAGCUCCUGAAAGGUCCUGAUGGCCAGGAAGUCCUUUUGGUCACAAUUCCACACUUCAGCAGCACCCAAACUGCAUGCCUUGUCAAUUUACGGACGCUGGCGUGUGAGCCAAUCAGCUUCUCGGCCUUCUCUGCUGAUGACGAGGAAGAAAGUGAGAUGAAUGUCAGCCACUGAGGAUCUAUAUCCACAUGCAGUAUAACAUGCGGUCACUUCGGGACAAUAUUGAUGAGUUAUGACUAAGUUCAGAGGAGUCAUAACUACAUUGGGUCAAGAGAUACAGCUCUUGUUGCACUGAUACUGUCCAGUAUCAUAAUGGUCAAUAAAAAACUGUAUUGAUUUCCAAGGUUACUUCUAGUGUUUCCUCUACAGUGUGUUAUUUUUUUAAGGUCCCAGUAUUCUCCUCUUAGAUCGGUGCUAGAAAAAGGAGACGAGCAUGGUGUGUUAACAAGCCUUUAUUUGAAAAAUGAUUGUACUCCGGCAGUGUGAGGCAACACGACCCCUCCUCUGAUUGUGUUACCAAGUUUGAACAAAUGUUUUUUUAAACCUUCAGUGACUGUUCAUACUGUAAAAAAUAUGUCUACCAUGGUGAUGAAUACAACUGUCAGAGCUUUUAAUGUGCAUUCACAAUAAACUUCAUGAAGCAAA